AUGGAUACUGUUAAACCAAAAAAAAUUAAGAAUAUUAAAAAUAAGGAGGAAUCUUAUAGUAUAAGUAAUGUUGAAAAUGCAGAAAAUUGCAUGAAAAUAAAUAAAGGAAAAAAUCACAAAAGUACUAAUAAUAAUUAUAAAUCCUUAUUAAGAGAAAAUCAGACGAAAUUAACAAAUAAUUCAAACUAUAAUAAUUAUUCAUAUAAUUUUACAAAUAAUGGGAAUUAUAAUGAAAAUAAAAUGUAUAAUAAUCAAAAUAUGAAUAAUAAAUAUUAUAAAAUGUAUUGUAAUGAGAAUAAUUAUGAGUAUUUAGGGAAAGUUAACAAUUUCAAAAAUAAUAAAUGCUAUAAUGGAGAUUAUAUAAAAUACAGCAAAAAAAAUAAUAACUAUAAUAGUUCUAGUAAUUGUAGUGCAUUUAAUACACUUGAAAAGAAUUUUACUUCAAAAGAACUUACUGAAUCAUCAAAAAAAAGUCAAAAUAAUGUAGUGGCAAAUGAAUUAUACAAUGUUAAGGAGUGUAACAACAAUGAAAUAAAAACAAAUAAUAACACAAGUAGAAAUGAUAAAAAAGUAAUUAGUAGAAACAAUAAAAGAUUAUCUAUGGAAUUAGUAAUAUCAAAAAAUAACACAAAUGAUAGUUAUAUAAAAGAUGAUACGAUUUCAAAUAGCAUUCAAGACGAUUUUUUAUCAAAAAAUAGGAAAAAAAACUACUUUCGCAAUUACAAUAACUAUAAAAACAAUUCACAAUAUUUUAACAAUUCAUUGAAUAAUAAAAACUCUAGUUAUUUUAACUUUAGUUGUUGUAACUACAAUAACAACAAUAAUGCUAAGGGAAAUAAUAGCUUCAACUACAAAAAUAGCAAUGUUAUUAAUAACUGUCAUAAUUAUAGUAAUUCUUUUAAUAUAAACUCUAAUGAUAAUCUAAUUAAAAGUGAAAAUAUCAAUUACAACAAAAAAAUAAAUAAAAUGAAUAAUGAAAGUAUAAAUAAUGAAAACAAUAAUAAUAACAGUUAUGUUAAAAAGAAUAACAAUAAUAACACGAAUUUUAGUAAUAAUGACAAUAAUAGCUAUAUUAAUAAUGAUGAAGAUAAUACCAAUAUUAACUAUGUGGACAUUAAUAAUAGCAACAAUGAUACUAUUAAUAGUAAUGACAAUGAUAUUAAUAAUAAUAAUUAUAAUAGUUAUUGUAAUGAUAUUAAUUAUAAUUAUGAUUCUUCGUAUAAUAAUAAUAAUAAUGACUUUAAUAGUACAAAUAAGCAUAGCAUAUACGAUCUUAGUAAUAAUGAUAAAAGUAUUAACGAGAAUAUGGAACUAAACAUAAAUUAUAAUAAGAUAAACAUAAAAUAUGAACAAACUCCAAUAUGCAAAAAAAGUACAAAUAAUAUAGAAAAAGGUAUUGAUAACAUGAAUAGAGAUGCCAUAAAAGAAAAUUUUGAUAAAAAAUUAGAUGAAAACAAAGGUAGUGAUAAAAAUAAUGAUAUGCAUAAUCAGAAAUUAGUUAACUACUAUAAAAAUAAUAAUCACAAAACUAUUAAGAAUAAUAAUAAUUAUAAUAAUAUGAAAAAUGAAAAGCGUAAUAACAUAAAUCAACAUAAUAAUAUAAAUUGUAAUUCUAUGAGUAAUCAUCAAAGUUUUCUUCAUACAAAUCAUGGAGAAAAUAAGAUUACAAAAGAAACUUAUUCACUGAACACAUUUAAUAAAAAUGAUAUCAGUAAGAAGGGAGCGUUUAAUAAUUAUUAUAGUAUACAAAAUUCAAAUUACAAAUAUUCAAAAAAAAAGUUUUUUAGGCAUAAUAAUAUGAAUGAUGACUUCAAAAGAAGUCAUAUAUUUAGGGACUACAAAAUUAAACGAAACACAGGUGAUAAUUUAAAGGAAAAUAAGGAACAAGGAAGGGAGUGUAAUAUAAAUGAGAUAAAAAGUAAGGAAAAAAUAAAAAGUAAUAUUAACACAAUGAAUGAUGAUAAGGUAGAAAAUUGUGAAGUUAUAUUAAAUAAUGAUAAAAUUAAAAAUUGUAAUAUGAAAAGUUAUGACAAUAUACAAUAUGAUAAAAAUUUAGAUUGUGAAGAAACAAAAAAUGAUGAUAACAUAAAAUUUUGUGAGAAUUUUAAAAAUUUUAAUGAAAACGUAAAUAUAAGAAAAAAUAUAUCAAAUAAUUAUAACAACAUAUACAAUGUAGAAAACAAUUUUAUUAAAGACAAUAAUCUUAAUAAUAACAAUUUAAAUGAUAAUUAUACAAGAAAUAAUUCAGAUUAUGACGCAAAUAAUUAUUUUUUUAAUGAUUCUUGUAAUCUCAAUCUAAAUAAAAAUAAUAUAUGUAGCAAGAAUAAUGAUUCUUCUAAUUCUAACAAAAAGAAUAUUAAAUAUCAAACAAAAAAUGAGAAAGAUAUCACAAAUCUUAAAAUUAAUUCAUUUAAAAAUAAAAGAAAAAUAAGCAUUAAUUCAAAUUACAAUGAAGAUAAUACAAAUAAUCAAAAUAAUGAAACUUUUUUAUGCCAAAUGUAUGAUAUUAAUAAUGCAGACACUCAAAUUCCAAUCUCGUCUAGUUCAACAAAUAAACUAGUUUCUGACAUGAAAAAAAAAGUUACUCAAUGUGAAUUAGUAGAAAGAGUUGAUAAUAAUAACAAAAAUGUAACAUUUCCUUCAAAUAGCACAAUUCGGAGUUAUAAAGAAAAUUAUAACUGUGAUAAAUAUUCGCUUAUGCUAGCACCUGACUAUUCUGUAGGUAAUUAUAAUAAAAGCUUAAGUUCAAGUGAUAACUUAAAAAAUGAAUCAAAUCUAAGUAAUGAAAAAAAAAAUAAAAAUAUGAAGCCAAUUAAAAUUAAUUCAAAGGGAAAAAUGAAUCCAGAUAAAAAAAAUAAAAAUGUAAUAGACAAUAAAGAAUUAAAAGAUUAUAUAUCACAUAGUGAAAAAAAAAAAAAAAAAAAAAGUCAAAAAGUGAUUCAUAAUCAUUAUAGAUCUAAAUCAGAAAAUAUGCAUUAUAAAAAAAAUAAUUUUAAGGAUCUUGAAAUCUCUAUGAUAAAGCCGCAUAUGCUGAAAUUCGAACAAACAAUAAAUAUGGAAGGUUUUCGAAAAAUAUUAAAAAAAAUUUUAAUUAACGAUGAAAAAGAUUCAUUAGAUUAUUAUGUUAACUCAAAUAAAUCUCUGUAUGUUAAUAAGAAAGACAACUAUUAUUGUAGUCAAAAUAUUCACACACAUAUAGUUAGUGAAAAUAAACUAAAAAAGAACUCACAUAUUAAUGAAGUCUGUGAUAAUGAAGAGGAUGAACAUAUACUAAAUGACAAGGAAAAAAAUUUAGAAAAAAAUAUAAAUUCUUUAGAAAACUAUGAUAUUAAUUUAUUGAGCAAAGAUAAUACUUUCCAUUUAAAUAAAAAUGCAAAAUUAAAAAAUAAAACUGAUGAAAUUAAUAUGGCCUGUUACAAUUAUCAUGAUAGUGAUUCUAUGUAUAAUGCUGAUUAUAACAUGAAAGCAGAGAACACUUUUCUUUGCAUAUUCAAGCAAAAAUUAUUUCCUAUUAAUGCUUUCAAUAGAAAAAUAAAAUGUUGUUCACAAAAGCGAUCUAAUACUAAUUUUGAUAAGUCUCAUUCUAAAAUAAAAAACAAUUCAAAUAUAUUGAAAGUAAAUAAAUGCCCAAGUAUUGUUAAUAACAGCAAUAACUAUAACCAUAUUAUUAAUGAUAUAAAUAAGAAUAAAUACAUAUAUACUAAUAACAAUGAUAAGCUUUAUGCAUAUAGAGAUAAUUCUAAUAAAUCAUUGAAUAGUAGAACGGAGAAUAAUGAUCUAAAACAUAAUAUAAAUAAAGUGUCAAAUAAUGGUAAUUUGAAAUUAGAAACACGAAAUUAUUUAUAUCAUGAUAAUAAUUUAACGUAUAAAAAAUAUGGAAAUGUUUAUGAUAAAAAUAUAAUUCACAGUUAUAACGAAAAAAACUUGUGCAAAAAUAUGCCUUACUUGAAUCGAAACUAUCCUAAUAAUGAUUUUUAUAUGUUUGAUCAUGAUAAUUCGAAUUAUAUGAAUACAAAUAUUCAUUAUAACGACACUAAUAUGAAUAAAACGUAUACGCCAAAUUACUCCCUUUACAACAAUAAUGAAACAUAUAAUUGGAGGAAUAAUAAUUAUUAUAAUAAUUAUUGUAACAGUGAUGAUAUAUGCUCAACUAUAAAUGCUAACUCAAAACAUUAUUAUAUAAAUGAUGUCAAUGGCAGUAUUAUUAAUGCUUCUAAUUUCAAUAUAAAUCAAAUAACAUGUAAUGGAAAUUAUAAUAAUGAUAACGCAAAGAUUAAUUAUAAUGAUAUCAAUAAUCAUAAAAAUAUAAAUAUUAAUAGCAAUUAUUUUAACAUGAAUUCAGCAAGUAACAAUAAAAGCAACAAUAGCAAAAAAUACUUAUAUUAUAUCAAGAGAAAUGGGUAUAAUGGAAGUAGUUAUUAUUUAAAUGAUGGAAAAAUUACAAAUAUUUGUAAUAAUAGUAACGGUAAAAAAAAAAAAAGAAAAAAUUUAUUUCCAAAUAAUUAUGUAAACUAUUACAAUAAUUACCAUUACAAACAAAUGUAUUAUAAAAAUAAUAAUUUUAACAGUAUAAAUAAUUAUAAUAUCCCUCAUUAUAAUAAUGAAAAUUACGAAGAAAAAAGAAAAUAUAUAAAUUUUAAUUCUUCGUCAAAUAUACAGAAACAAAAAAUAAAUAAAAAAUAUAUAACUGGUAACAUUAUAUACAGUACAAAUUCAGAAAAUGAAUUAAUCUUUAAAAAUAAUAAUGAAGAUAUAGAAAAAAAAGAUGAUGAUAUUUACAAAAUACACAAUAGAAAAGAUAACAUAAUAAAAAAGGAUAAAGCUAGUUUAGCUUUAGUAAAGUCUAAUCCUAGUGAAAUUCUCAAAAGUGAUUCUGAGAAAAAGGAAAAAUAUAAUGAAAAAAAUGAAAAAGAAACAAAUGAUAUUAAGGAAAAAAAGAAAAAUGAAUUACUAGAUGAUUCGAUAGAAAAUGAAGAAAAAAAAGAAAAUAAAAACCAAAUCCAAUUAAAAAAAAAAGAUCAAAGAAAUGAAGAGGAAUAUAAAGGUAAUAAAAAAGAAGGAAAUAAUAAGUUUACAAAAAACGAAAAAGAAAAAGAAAUUAAGAGAAAGAAAAAAAAGGAUUCAAAUGAUUAUUUUCUUAAAAAAGAAAUAGUAAAUCUGGAUGAAUAUACUAACAAAAAAGAUAAAAAUAAGUUAAAAAAUGAUAAGGAUGAAAGGAAAAAAAAAAAAAAGAAUUUUGAUAAUGACAACUCUAUGAAUAUUUCAAAUAACGAUAAAAGUUCAAAAAACAAAAAAAAAAAAGUUAUUUCCAAUGCAGGAAAUGAAGAAAAUUUUUUAAACAAAGAGGUUGAACAUUUAUACAAAAUUAAUCAUCAAGGUGAAGAAAAUAAUGAAUUAAAAAAUGAAAAUGUAAGAAAGAAUUAUGAUAUAGAAAUAAAUAAUAUAACGCAAAAUCAAUUAAAUUUUCAAAAAAUACAGAAAAAUAAUAAAAAUUAUUUAGCUUAUGAAAAAAUGAAUGAUGAAAUAAAUUUAGAUAAAAAUGAUUCCAAAAAAAGCAUUAAAAAAAAUAACAAAAUAUAUAGUAAUGACUUUUAUUCUAACGCCAAUAUUAAAAAUUUUAUAAAAAAUAAAGAUGAUAAUAUUUCAAAAAAAAAUGAUAUUAAUGUUAACUCUAAUAUAAAAAGAGAAUAUGAUAUAGAUUAUGGUCACAUUAAUAAUAAUGAUAUAUAUAAAGACAAUGAAAAAGAUAAUAAUAAUUAUAAUUAUAAUUAUAAUAGAAAAGUUUUUAAGAAUAAUUAUUAUGCAUAUAAUAAUAAAAUAGUAUGUAAUUCACAUAAUAGUAAUAAUAAAAACGAUUUAACAAAUAGUAAUAAUGAUUAUAUUUUAUUCAGUAAUGAAACAUAUACAAAUAAUUCUAUUACAAAUGAUAAAUUCUAUGUUUAUCCUCAAACUAAUAUGCACUCAAACAAUACUAAAAACGAGAAUUAUUAUAAUUCUUAUGAAUAUGAUAAAGCUAAUAAUUAUAAUAAAAAUAACUACAGUAAAAAUAAUUUCGAUAAAAAUAUUUAA